AUGAAUUAUGGACUUGUCAAGAAAGGUCUCUGGAGAGCAAUUUUGCUUUAUAUCUACGCGUUUUUAGGAGGUUGCAUAUUCUAUGUAAUUGAAAGAAAACCUGAGAGCAGUAGAGAGAUCUAUACAAGACUAACCGAACAACUUCAUCAAAAUUUUACGGCUAAAUUCAACAUUUCAAUGAAUCAAAGUGAUUUUGAGUUAUUCAUGAAAGAAGCAUUUUUCGUCGUGAAAACAGGGAAAAGAAUCGACUGGACUCUAUUUUCUGGUUUGAGCUUCACAAUGAUGUCAUUAACAACAAUAGGUAGGUUUUCAAAUUUUUAAACAUUCACAAUCACUGAUUUUGUGGCAAAAAACUUUUGCUAGCAUGAUCAUAACUACCGUAAGUGUUCUAUUUUUCUCUGUGAAGAUCUCGCGCUAUGUAACUGAAUUGUAAGGGAAUCCAAGACAUUGUUGGAUUCUGGAUCAAAGAGUGGACUCCUGUCCUUGUGCAUGUAAGGUGGAACUUGUAUUCUGGAUUCCAAUCGUAGGUGGGAUUCCAGAUUCCCUGAGCUUCAUUCCGGAUUCCACUUGCAAAAAUUUCCCGGAUUCCGGAAUCCGAGUUCGCUUACAUGGGGCUGGAUUAUAAAACAUAGCUAUUUAAAAUUACAGCUGGAUUUAUGGGACUGUUGGAAAACCAGUUUAUGGGACACGCGGAAAACCAGAUGACAAGGAAAGGAGAGGAGGAGACUACAAAAAAGACGUGGUCUUACUUAUAGUUUUGUAAUGGUUAUUAGGAAUUGGCCCAGUAAUGUUUUCAAAACUGCAGCCAGCAAAGGCCAAUACGCAACUCGUGAGAGGCGUCGGAUGAUUUCCAGCCACAAAGUCAAUAUUUCUACACAUGCCUGCUUGGAUAUUCUACGGCCUGUAUUUGUUUCUUUUUUUCAGGUUUUGGCAACAUCACGCCAGAAACUCCACUUGGACAAAUAAUCACCAUCGUGUACUGUAUCGUCGGUAUUCCCAUUUGCUUGGCCUUUCUAAAGACACUGGGUGAAACUAUUGCCAAGGUUGUUGAAAAAUUCGUGCUACUUGUGGAGAGACAGUUCUUUGGUAGGAGAAGACCUGAAAAGCUCAAGACAAAAAGCCUCUGCUUAACGUUUAUCCUGAUGGUAUUUACUCUUUGCCUCGGCGGAUUGACCCAAAUAUAUAUGGAAGAUUGGAGCUUUGUGGAAGGUAUCUAUGCGUUUUUUGCGACACUUUCGACGAUUGGCUAUGGUGACUAUAUUCCUGGGUGGAGUACUCUGACAAAAGCUACUGCUGCUGAAAAUAAGCGUGUUCAUCUUUGGCUGAUUCUUUCCGCUUUGGCGUUGCCAGGUAUGGCAGGACUUUGUGUGGUCAGCGCGGUAAUAAAUUCUCUCGUGGAUGCUCUUGAUGAGCUAAAGAUUCAGAUUCAUGUUCAAAGUAAGUGUCUCAGAUGCGAAAGGAAAGCCUCACGACACAACGAAACUGUGACUUUAGAAAAGUCGAACGAGGAUGUAAAUCUGGAAAAUAACUUCUUCCGAGUGCCAGUUAAGGAGAAGUUGAGAUCAGCAUCCAUAUGA